AUGGAUGACGAAAUGAUUUUUGAUCCUUCUUUAAAGAAGAAAAAGAAAAAGAAGACUGGUUUCGAUAUGGAAGCAGCAUUAGCUGGGGAGCCAAGCGAAACCACGAGUGCGGAGGUGCCUGCUGAGACAGGUGACGUCGACGUACCCGAAGACGAUAGCCUGGAUUUAGACAAUUUUGGUAAAAAGAAGAAAAAGAAAAAGAAGACAUUUUUUAAUUUAGAGGAAUUAGAGAGCGCUUUGCCUGAAGCAAAAGAUGAAGCACCUCCUGCUGAAGAGCCAGAGCAUCAAGACGAAGAACUUAUUGAUGACUUAGAUCUUGAUAUUGAUUUCACGAGAACUAAGAAAAAGAAAAAGAAGAAAAAUUUGGACGAAAUUUUCGCUGAAGAGGAUGUGCGAGGAGGGGAAGAGCAAGAGAGAGAUGAGGACCAGAAUGGUGAAUGGCAUGGUAGCGAUCGUGACUACACAUAUGAUGAACUCUUAGAGCGAGUAUUUGAUAUAAUGCGUGAGAAAAAUCCCAGUAUGGUUUCUGGUAAGAAGCAGAAAUUUAUAAUGCGCCCUCCACAGGUGGUUAGAAUUGGAACUAAGAAAACUUCAUUUGCGAACUUCACAGAAAUAUGCAAAACAUUGCACAGACAGCCAAAACAUUUGUUAGAUUUUCUUCUAGCUGAAUUGGGAACAAGCGGCUCAGUAGAUGGUAACAGCCAACUUAUAAUCAAAGGUCGUUUUCAGCAGAAACAAAUUGAAAAUGUGUUACGCCGAUAUAUAAAGGAAUAUGUUACAUGUCAUACAUGUCGUUCUCCUGAUACUAUUUUGCAAAAGGAUACUAGAUUGUUCUUUCUUCAGUGUGAAACAUGUGGUUCUCGUUGCUCUGUUGCUAGUAUUAAAUCUGGUUUCCAGGCUGUUACUGGCAAGAGAGCAGCAAUGCGUGCAAAGACUGCAUAG